UUUAGAUUCUGCAAAUCAAAAUGCCACAGAAACUUUAAAAAGAAGAGAAAUCCCAGAAAGAUGAGAUGGACCAAAGCAUUCCGGAAAGCAGCUGGCAAAGAAUUGACGGUGGAUAAUUCAUUUGAGUUUGAAAAACGUAGAAAUGAACCAGUGAAAUAUCAGAGAGAGUUGUGGAACAAGACUGUUGAUGCAAUGAAGAGAGUGGAGGAAAUAAAGCAAAAACGCCAAGCUAGAUUUAUUAUGAACAGAUUAAAGAAGAGCAAAGAGUUGCAGAAGGCAGAAGACAUCAAAGAAGUCAAACAGAAUAUCCACCUUCUUCGUGCUCCACAUGCAGGCACACCAAAACAACUGGAGGACAAAAUGGUGCAGAAGCUACAAGAGGAUGUGGCUAUGGAAGAAGACUCUUAAAAUGCUUUAAUUUUUUAUUUAUAUCUCUUCAGCAGUUAACAGUUCCUUACUGCCUCACCUGACAUCAUUCAGAACUGUGUUUACGGUCAAAGAAAAAGACAUUUUAAUGAAUAGUGGUUGUCUACAGUUUGAAUUUUUUUUUGUUUUUAUAAAAAAUAGUAAGAUGGAUACUGGUUUGGGCAGUACUUAUGAUUUGUAAUUUGAGAAAACCUUGUCAGCAGGAUCGAGAAUAAGUCAUAUUUUUUGAGAUACUAUGUGCUCCUUGGAAAGUUCCACUUUCUUUCUGGAUAACUUUUCCCUGGUAAUUCAAGGAAUAAAAGAUGUUGGCCUUGA